GGAACGUGUUUGCGACUUGAAAUGCGACAUGUCGAAAAACGAAAAACAAGCUGAAUAAGAUGCGGCACUACUGAGCCUUAGUUAUUUUGUUUUUGUUGGAAGAGAAACUGUCACUUCAGCCGUUUACCUAGGUUUGCCCAGUGAUCCUGCCUCAAAAAAGCGAUGCUGGUCACCGUUUUCUGCGCGCCGAGGGAUCGCCCAGAAACUACAUUUGCCCUCGAUGUGUCCCCGGAGCUGGAGCUGCGAGACUUUGUAGCACUUUGUGAACUGGAGUCAGGAAUCCCAGCUGGGGAAAUUCAGAUUACAUAUGUAGACCAGCCCCUAAAAGACCCCACUCGUGCCUUGGGGACUUACGGUGUAAAGGAUGGGGAUGUGGUGGUUCUCCGACAAGCUGACAGAAGGCCACCACCAACUCAGCCAGCCUUUCCAGGUCUGCCCCAAAUUGACUUUCGUUCCAUCGCAGUCCCGGGCACCUCUUCUUCAACUAGUCAGCAUGGUGCCAUAAAGCCGCAGCAACAGGCUCCACAGCAGCAGCGUGCCGCACAGCCUUCCACGCCAAUGGCCUUUCGUGGCUCCUCUCCCCAGGGCCUGGACGACCCUGCCUUACUUCAGCAGAUGCUAUUAUCAAAUCCGCAUGAACUUUCACUACUCAAGGAGAGAAACCCUCCACUUGCUGAGGCUUUGCUUAGCGGAGAUUUAGAAAAAUUCACCAAAGUGCUGCUGGAGCAACAGCAGGAUCGAGCCAAAAGGGAUCAAGAGAGAAUCAGACUCCUGACUGCUGAUCCUUUUGAUUUGGAAGCCCAGGCUAAGAUUGAAGAGGACAUCAGGCAGCACAAUGUGGAAGAAAACAUGACCAUUGCAAUGGAAGAGGCUCCAGAAAGCUUUGGACAGGUGGUUAUGCUGUACAUUAACUGCAAAGUCAAUGGCCACCCUGUGAAAGCUUUUGUUGACUCAGGAGCCCAGAUGACCAUUAUGAGCCAAGCGUGUGCAGAGCGUUGUAACAUUAUGCGACUGGUGGACCGACGCUGGGCAGGAAUCGCUAAAGGAGUGGGCACUCAGAAGAUCAUUGGCAGAGUUCAUUUGGCUCAGGUCCAAAUAGAGGGGGACUUUCUCCCAUGUUCUUUCUCCAUCUUAGAGGACCAACCAAUGGACAUGCUGCUUGGUCUGGACAUGCUGAAGAGACACCAGUGUUCAAUUGACCUGAAGAAGAGCGUGCUUGUAAUCGGCACGACGGGCACCGAAACACGCUUCCUGUCCGAGGCGGAGCUGCCGGAGUGUGCCCGGCUGGCAUACGGAGCAGAGGGGCGUGAAGACGCCCGUCCAGAAGAGAUCGCUGACAGAGAACUGGCAGAGGCACUUCAGAGGUCCAUACAGGAGAGCGACACUGCAGACGGACAAACUACCUCACAGCAACCCCAACCAUUUACAUUACCCAGAACCUUACACCAAAUGUCCUCACCUGCCUCUCCCUCCCAAAGCCCUUCUUGUGAUCAACCCCAGAGCCCGACCCUGGAUCGCUCCCAGUCUGCCCCUGCCACCAUGGAGGAGGCGAUGGCACCAGGGCAGUGCCAGGGGCAGCCUGGCCUUCAGGAGUUUCCUCAGACUUCAUCUUUAGCGGAGGUUGCUUCUCCACCUCCAAGUGUCCAUCCUCAACCUUUGUCUCUCCAUAGCAACCCUGAUGUGCUAACUGUACCCAGUCCCUCUACAGAUAUCCUCUAUACAUGUACCCCUCCUGCAGAAAUGUCCACAGCAUCCCAGGAUCCAGGGGGUGAGGUUCAACCUGGAGCUACAGACGAGAGUCCUGAAUCAGUUGAGAACAGCUCCAAGUGCACCACAUCAGAGGAACUUUCCCCCAUUCAGCCCAUGGAGCAGGAAGCAACAGAGUCUGAUAUAGUAGAUACCACUGAGGCCUGUCCAAAGGUACCUGGCCAACCUGACUCGGUUGAAAUGGAGUCUCCCACUGCCUCCCACAAUCUGGUGUCCUGUGAGAGGCAUCAACCUGACGGAGAUCGCUGCUCCAGCUCUGACAGCAUCCCCUCGCUGGCAGCUGCACUGAAGGAGCUCCAUGAGCUGCUGGUAUCCAACAACUCUGCUCAAUCCCAAAACCGCAGCACUUCCUGCUCCCCAGUCCAGCAGGACUCAGACAAAGCUUCCUCUGAGUCACGCACCCCAACACCUGAAAAUACUCAGCCUACCCCUUCCGCUACCAUUACCAUUGGUGCAGAAACAAGUGAUGCCAAAGCUAACUAUGCUACUGUUGCAUCUGGGGAGGAACCAUCUCAGUGUACUGUGCCUGACCUCUCCAAUCAGGAACUGCAUCUGGGCGGAGACACAGCAGAAACUCUGUCCAAGGAGAGGGGGGCAGAUGAACCAUGGCAUGAUGAGUCCAGUAACAUCAGCAUUUCUCAGCCUGAGCCAGAGGUUCCUCCUGAUGCUGCUGAGGACUUUGCGUUCAGGGAACCACCUGAGGGGCAGCAUGGGAGAGGGGUUGCAGAUGGACAAGCCUCUGGCACCAACACCAGAGACACUCUCCAAACUGAGCACACGCUAGAGGAAGUAUCAAACACCUCAUCCUCCUCUGUCCCUCCUUUUGCUCAGCCCCCCCAGCUUCCAUCUCCAACCCCUCUUCUGCCCUCUCCACAUCCCUUUAUAGAACAAUUUCCAGCUGAGCACAUCCAGAGAAUCCAGGCAGCAGGCUUUUCUGCCAGGGAGGCUGUGGAGGCACUCGAACAAGCCAAUGGGGUCGUGGAGCUUGCACUGCUGGCACUUCUGGCCCGCAGUAUCACUGUGCCCACCUAGACUCAUAACCAUCAACCGUCAUGCGAGUCCCCAGCCUCCUAACUCAGCAUCUGUCUUAUUUAUACCCUGUUAUUGAUCCAGAUGUCUCAGCCGCUUUUCAGGAGGAGCACGUAAAGCCACAGGGAAAUGCUCUUUCUUGUCAUAAAGAAUAUUCUAAAACAAAAAGGAUAACUGGUAAUACUUUUCUGGCUAUAAAAGAUAUGUGAGGUGUGUUUGCAUGCAGAUGUUUUGGAUGCCCCCCUCCCCUUUUUUUCGUUGUUUUCCUUUUUCUUUUUCUUUUUUUUUUCUUUUUUUUCAUUUUUUAUGAGAACAUUUGGUUGAAAAUCUGAUGAUUUUCUUCAUGUUUUUUUGUUGUCCAACAUUUACCUAUUAAAUGCUAAAUAUCAAAUUAAUUCUUGAACCAUCGAAUGUUAGAAUUUCAAAUUACAUGUGUCAUAAAACUAUUGGUGUAAAACAGUUUAAUUUGUAGUUUAUUUGGUUCAGCAGUCAGAUCGGGGUAGUGUUAUUUCUAAUUGGCUGACAAAAGGGUCAAGGUCUUUUUUUAUGUUUGUUCCUUCAAUUUACAAAUCAGAGCCCCGUAUUGAAAAAGAUGCAGUUUGGAAAGUGCUGAAGCUAAGAUUAUUUUUUAUCAUAUUUACAAAUAUUUUUCCACACACAAGUGGAAGCUCCUAAUCUAGCUCUUUAAAACACAAAGUAUGCUUGUCGACAUGUGACCAUAGACGGCUUUUUUGAUUCAAUGUCUUUUACAGAAGGUAUCUUGUACUGUAUGAAUCAUUUUCCACAAUUUAAAAGCUUUGUUUUAUGUGGAUUACAAAACUGUUUGUAGCUCCUGUCCAGAAAGUCCUGUUUAUUUUUUGUCAAAUCAACCGUGUGUCCAAACUUGAAAAACAUCCACUUUCAUUUUAAGUAUGGCCUUUUAGUGGCAGUCAAAUGUUUUGUUAGUACAUCUUAUAUCCAUGAUUUUAAUGGCUUUUUUAAAGUCAUACCAACAAUGUUCAGGCAGAUUUAAUUAUUUACUUUUAUCUUGUAUGGAAUUUUAAAUUGCAAAUAAAAUAAAACUAGUA